CUCGGUUUUCACUCUUCGUUACGAAGGAGGAGUUUUCUGUUUUAGCUGGCUCGAAUAAAAUCUGAGUGAUCCCUGAAAGUAGACUUUGGUUUGAGCAGAAGGACGAGCUGAAAAGAAGCGGCAACAAUGGCUGUGGCAGGCUGUACGAAAUGCAUAAAAUAUAUGUUAUUCUUCUUUAAUUUUAUUUUCUGGCUGGCCGGAGGUGUGAUCUUAGGAGUGGCCCUGUGGUUACGCCAUGACAGUAAAACCAGCAACCUCCUCAUACUUCAGUUUGAAGGCCAGCAGGCGCCGAGCACCUUUUACAUCAGCGUCUACAUACUGAUCGCUGUCGGAGCUGUCAUGAUGCUCGUGGGAUUCUUGGGAUGUUACGGUGCCAUUCAGGAAUCUCAGUGUCUGCUAGGAACGUUUUUCUUCUUUUUGGUGAUCCUCUUUGCCUGUGAAGUGGCUGCAGCAAUCUGGGGCUUCAUGAACAGGGACACUAUGUCCAAAGAGCUGAUUAAUUUCUAUGACGCUGCGUACAUCAAGGCUGUGGAUGUCACUGGGUCCCCGAGUAAAGACGCAGCCAUCAGUGUGCUGGGUGCUUUCCACACUACGCUAAACUGCUGUGGGAAAGGCGAGGACACUCCUCUAUUCAUGCAAGUCCGCUCCACUUUGUGUCCCUCGGGAAUACUUUCUGCACCAAUACCCAAGAGCUGCCACAGGGAACUCGUCGCUCUGUUCUCCGAGAAGCUCCACCUCAUCGGCCUGGCCGCCUUGGUGGUUGCCGUCAUCAUGAUCUUUGAGAUGAUCUUCACCAUGGUGCUCUGCUGUGGGAUUCGCAACAGCCCGGGAGUUUACUAAGCGUUUAAAGGCCAGGAGCAAACCACAGCAGCUGAGACCAGAGGGGCCUGUGUCUGUGCUACUGAAAGCACUACAUGUAUAUUAUCCUAUUUACUAUAGAUUAGAUCUUGUUUAUGUAUUACUCAUCUGCCAUUACUUUCAUUAUGUGACUGUGACUGACCUGUCAUCGUUUUCUUUUAUCCCAUCAGUUUGUUGGAAAAUGUUUCUCUAGCAGAGUUUGUGGGUGUGUAAUAUGUAUAUAAACGUAUUGUUUAUUAGAAAGGAGACAACAUGUGUAUGCGUGUGUGUGUGUGAGCGUGUGUAUGCGUGCUAACUGGGUAGCUGUCUGUGUUGUAUCUAGCUGCAGGGUGACUGUUAUUUAUUCUGCAGUGUUUCUGGGAUCAGCAAGGAGGCUUUAACUGGACCGUGUGUGUCUUCUAACCUGAAGAAAAGAUCAUGCUCUCACGUUUGUUAACUUGUGAAUCUUCCCAUAUUAAAUACAGGCAAAACUUU